AUGUCCAAUUAUUCAGAUUAAAUACUCUUAUCACUUUUAAAACUUGGAAGUAAAAUGGAUUCUAUAACAAUUAUUAAACGUUUUGGCAGAGGUGUCAUUGAUUAAUAGAGAUUUAUUGAAAUGAUGAAAGUACUUGAUGAUUAAAUUCCUAAAACAGAAGUUUAAAAUUUUUAUAUAUCAACUCUUAUAGAAUAUGAAGCAUCAGCUAUGUCAACCUAUAUUAUCAAUGAUUUACUUCGAAAAGCGAGUUUAUUAUUGGCAAAAUAGAAUAUUUAAAUAAGAAGUCCAAAUGAAAUUUUUCAUUAAAUUUCAAAAUCUCUAUAAGUUAAGAAUUAAGAUAUUGAAAGAAUUUUUUGUAUUUUUGACUCUGAUAAGGAUAAUUUUCUAAAUGAAAAAGAGUUUAGGACAUUUUUGGAAUAUUUUGUCCCAACUCUAUCUCCUGAUGAAUAUAUUAAAUUAAAAAAUACAAUACCUGCUUAAAAAGUUACUCUUUACAAUCUAAUGAGCUGGAUAUAAGAAAGUAAUUCAAUGAGAAACAGUAUUAAAGCAUUAUAAUAACCAAAAAAAAAUCCAUUAAAUUAAAAAAUAGACUAAAAAAGACCAAUUACUCAAGAUAAAUAGAGAGAUACUACACCAACUAGGAAACCUUAAUUACCUUAGAAACCAUCAUAAUAAUAAAAUAAUUAUGUAUAACCUAUAGUAGAAACACCGAAAAAGGAUUAGUAAGAAUAAUUGAAAUUACAAAUGCAAAAAUAAUAAUAAUAACAAUAAUAAUAGUAGUAAUAGCAAUAAUAAUAACAAUAAUAAUAAUAGCAAUAGCAAUAAUUAAAAUAGCAAUAAUAACAAUAAUAAUAAAAAUAGCAAUAAUAACAAUAAUAAUAAUAAUAACAAUAAUAACAAUAAUAAUUGUAAAUGCAAUAAUUGAAAAACCCUAUAAAAGAUUCUCCUUAAAGAAAAAUUAAUCCUAUUUUAGAAUCUAUAUUAUAUGAAGAUCCAUAGUAAGCCAAUAUUUUAAAAUCUGAUAUACAAUUUUAGAAUUACAUAAUUUUAGACUAUAAUAUACCAGGUGUUUAGGACUUUCUUAAUAAAUUUAAUGAUUUAUAUAGAUAGAAACAAAUUUUUACUGAUAAUGAAUUCCCAGCUAAUGUAUAGAGUUUAGGCUCAAAAUUAACACAAUUUUAAUGGAAGCGAAUAAAAGAUAUAUGGCCUACAUAUGAAGUUUUUGUUAAAGACGUAACCCAAUCUAGGUAUGGUUUAGGAAAAUGGAUAAGUCCAAAAGAUAUUUGUUAAGGGUAAUUGGGAGAUUGCUAUUUUCUAUCAGUUUUAAGUUCAAUGGCAUGUAGAUGGUAAUAAAAUUUACAAAUACUCUAGGCCUGACUUUUUAUUGGAUUUAUUUUUAACUUAAACAAAAAACCCAUGUGGUAUUUAUUCAGUUAGACUUUGCAUUGAUGGUGUUUGGAAAGCUAUUAUUCUUGAUGAUUAUAUUCCUACUUAAGGGAAUUAGCCUGCAUUUUCAUAAAGCCCAUCAAAAGAAAUCUGGGUUUUACUAAUGGAAAAAGCUUGGGCAAAAUCUUUUGGAUCUUAUUCAAAUAUCAUAUCUGGUGAUUCAAAAGAAGUCAUUCGUAGUCUAACUGGUGGACCAACAUGGAGCUUAAAAACUGAUUAGCCAGAUUUUAAAGAAUAAUUUAUAGGAAAUGUGUAAAGAAAAUGUUUAAUGACAACAGGAACAUUUUCUAAAACAAAUAAUUCAGAAAUUAUGGGUCUCAUAGCUGAUCAUGCAUAUUCUAUUUUAAAAAUUAGAACUAUUUAGCAUCCAUCCAAAGGAGAGGUUAUGCUAAUAAAACUGAGAAAUCCUUGGGGAAAAAAGGAAUGGAUAGGAGAAUGGAGUGAUGGUAGUUCAUCAUGGACUAAAGAAAUAAAAUAAUAAUUAAGAGUAUCUGAAAAAGCCGAGGAUGGAAUCUUUUAUAUGUCUUAUUAAGAUUUUAUUAACUAUUUUAAAACAAUCUAUGUUGGAUAUUUCUAAAAAAGCUAUAUAUAUAAUUCUUAAACAAUUGUAAGUAAAUCUAAUAAAUCUAUUUAUUUCAUUUUUAACAUUGAUGUAGCAGGUUAAUAUUAUUUUACUGCUUAAUAAAAAUCAUCAAGACAUUUUAAAGAAAAAUAUACAAAUUAUGAUUAUUCUUCUAUAAGAAUGAUUCUUGGUUCUUAAACGAAAUAAGGUUAUGUGUGGGAAUACGCAAAGUAAGAGCAAGAUUAAUAAGUAUAUGUAGGGGAGUUAUUAGAUAAAGGUCGUUAUGUUUUAUAAGUUAAAGUAAAGUGGUUAUUUUGGAAUGAAGAAAAAUUUGUUAUUAGCACUUAUGGACCAAAAGAAAUAAAAUUAAAAUAGAUUUAAAAAGAUCCAAUGUUUAUUAAGCAAAUUCUAUUGGAUUAAGCAAAGUAACAUCCUAAGAAAGAAUAAAGUGGAUGUCCAAAUCUUGAAAUAACAUCAGAUCUUCCUCUUAAAUAUGGGUAUUUUAAUUAUAUUUAUCUUAGGAUUGGUUAUGAAUAUUAUAAAAAUACUGGUAAUGAUGUUAUUUAAGUUAAAAGUACAUUUUCUAAAAUGGUUGGCUUAAAAUUAAAAAAGCCAGAAAGAGGAAAUCAAUAUUAAAUUACAUUAUAACCUAAUUCUGAAUAUUUAAUUGCAUAUACUAUAAAAGCAGAAGGAUUUUAAACAUAAUAAUCUAGGUCAUAUACAACAACAAAAAGAUGA